CAGCAUCUCUCCGCAGGCCCCGGCCGCGGUCCCCGAGUAGCGAAGGCGCCAUGGAGCGGCCGGCACCCUUGGCCGUGCUGCCGUUCUCGGACCCUGCGCACGCCCUGAGCCUGCUGCGCGGCCUGAGCCAGCUCCGCGCCGAACGCAAGUUCCUGGACGUGACCCUGGAGGCGGCGGGCGGGCGCGACUUCCCGGCGCACCGGGCCGUGCUGGCGGCCGCCAGCCCCUACUUCCGCGCCAUGUUCGCGGGGCAGCUGCGCGAGAGCCGCGCCGAGCGGGUGCGGCUGCACGGCGUGCCGCCCGACAUGCUGCAGCUGCUGCUUGACUUCAGUUACACCGGCCGCGUGGCGGUGAGCGGGGACAACGCCGAGCCGCUGCUGCGCGCCGCCGACCUGCUGCAGUUCCCGGCUGUGAAAGAGGCGUGCGGCGCCUUCCUACAGCAGCAGCUAGACCUGGCCAACUGCCUGGACAUGCAGGACUUUGCCGAGGCCUUCAGCUGUGCGGGGUUGGCGAGCGCGGCGCAGCGCUUCAUCCUGCGCCACGUGGGCGAGCUGGGCGCAGAACAGUUGGAGCGGCUGCCGCUGGCGCGCCUGCUGCGCUACCUGCGAGACGACGGGCUGUGCGUGCCCAAGGAAGAGGCGGCCUACCAGCUGGCGCUGCGCUGGGUGCGCGCUGAUCCGCCGCGUCGCGCCGCACACUGGCCGCAGCUGCUCGAGGCUGUGCGCCUGCCCUUCGUUCGCCGCUUCUACCUCCUGGCUCACGUCGAGGCCGAGCCGCUGGUGGCGCGCUGCCCGCCCUGCCUCCGUCUACUGCGCGAGGCGCGCGACUUCCAGGCAGCACGCUACGACCGCCACGACCGCGGGCCCUGCCCCCGCAUGCGCCCGCGUCCCUCCACCGGCCUCGCCGAGAUCCUCGUACUCGUGGGCGGCUGCGACCAGGACUGUGAUGAGCUGGUCACCGUCGAUUGCUACAACCCUCAGACGGGCCAGUGGCGCUACCUGGCCGAGUUCCCCGACCACCUGGGCGGGGGCUACAGCAUCGUGGCGCUGGGCAACGACAUCUAUGUGACGGGUGGGUCUGACGGCUCAAGGCUUUACGACUGCGUGUGGAGAUACAACUCGAGUGUGAAUGAGUGGACGGAAGUGGCACCCAUGCUGAAGGCCCGCGAGUACCACAGCUCAUCGGUGCUGGAUGGGCUGCUCUACGUGGUUGCCGCAGACAGCACGGAGCGCUACGACCACACUGCCGACUCCUGGGAAGCCCUGCGGCCCAUGACUUACCCCAUGGAUAACUGUUCCACCACCGCCUGCCGUGGCAGGCUCUAUGCCAUCGGCUCCCUGGCCGGCAAGGAGACCAUGGUCAUUCAGUGCUACCACCCGGACACGGACCUAUGGUCCCUGGUAGACUGUGGCCAGCUCCCACCCUGGUCGUUUGCCCCCAAGACUGUGACGCUGAAUGGACUCAUGUACUUUGUCAGGGAUGACUCCGCCGAGGUGGAUGUCUAUAACCCGGUGAAGAACGAGUGGGACAAGAUCCCGUCUAUGAAUCAGGUGCAUGUCGGGGGCAGCCUGGCCGUCCUAGGUGGGAAGCUCUACGUCUCUGGCGGCUACGACAAUACAUUUGAACUCUCGGAUGUGGUAGAGGCAUAUGACCCAGAGACUCGAGCCUGGAGUGUGGUGGGACGGCUCCCAGAGCCCACUUUCUGGCAUGGCAGCGUCAGCAUCUUCCGCCAGUUCAUGCCCCAGAUGCCCUCAGGUGGGCGCGGCUUUGAGCUAGACGGUGGCAGCCACGAAGUGAACUCGGGCCGCCUCCAGCAGCCACAGAACCUGGUUGAGCUGCACUAGCCCUGGCCUUGCCCGGGGAGGGCCUCAGUGCCGGUGACCCAGCACCUGUGGGGGGGACAGCGAUCCUCCUUCAUGCACGAGGACAGGUUGGGCUCCCCAGGUGGAGUGCAGGCCCUCGGGAUCCACCACCUGGGAAGUUUCUGUGCAUUUGGAGCCCAGAGUCAUGGCUGUUGGAGCCGGAGCCGGUCACAGAUGCCUCUCCCUUGGUCACAGAAGAGCCACCACCCCCUUCCAGCACACGUCUCUGACUCACUCCUGUGGGUCCCCAGCUAACCAUUGCAGCGCACACCCCUCUUGCUGCCACCACCUUUGCCUACUUGCUCCUACCUCAGGAGAAAAGGCCACCUCUGGGGGACAGGUGGAGGGUCCUUUGAGGAGCCUGAGAAUGACCUAGGCCUGCCUUCCUGGGUAUCCUCAUCUGGGCCUGGAGCACCAGGGCUCAGCAGCUCCUGGCUAUACACAGGGCUCCCCAGCUCCAUGUCCAGUACUGGCCCUCCCAAAGGGCCAGCUCCCCAGAUGGAAGAGGGUCUGCAUACCUAGUUCCUCGCCCUGCUAGGGUCUCCCACCCAGUCUCUCUCACAGCGGUGGGGCCUGUGGAGAUGGGUGCAGGACAAUGUGAACAGGAGGGUGACUUUGAAGGAGUCUUUCUGUGUCCAGAGCACAUGGGCUGUGGUGGAGGCUGAGUCUCCUGCCCAUCCUCCCAGCUGGCCAGUGUAUCUCCUGACCUGGCAUGGAAGCUGCUGCUGGGCCUGUGUCCUGGGCUGAUAAAGGAAGCAAAAAUCUCCAAGUACAAGGCCAGCGCCCUCUCUGGAUGACACUGGGAGUCUCCUGGAGCCCAGCCCAGCAAAUGAGCAGACGCUUUUAUGGAGUUCCUGGGGCCCUGCCCUGAGCCCUAGCCUAAGCCCAAGCCCUCGGUGUGCCUGCAACUGGAGAAUCCUGUUGGCUGUACGGGAAGCCUCGGUGACUGACUCAAGGGUGUACAAUACCUGCAGUUCACCCUUUCUUAAAGAAGGGGAGAAGCUAGGAGCAGGGUUGGAUUUAUUUCAUUUUUAAGUCUAUCAAAGUGCCAUUGCUGAAUCUUUCUGUGGGGCUGGGAUGAUGUGAGGUUUCUCAGAAGCUCAAGGCCAGAUCCAGAAGCAGAGGGCAGGGAGAGCCUCAAGGAAACACCAUGGCUCAGGGAGUCCCUGGUUGUCUCCCUGUGAUCUGGGUGGUUUGUCUUCUCUUGAUGCCCAAAGUAGCCUUUGAUUGAAUUUGUCCUUCCUUCCCAGUCAGGGACAUCUGGCCUGCAUGUUCCUUAUUAAUCAGUUAAAAGGAAAUGCUCAUGGAGUAGCCUUUUCCCAGUGACCUGACUUUUGGAGCUGUGUUCUUACCAGGAGAAAAACAGAUUCGUUUUAGGACCAUCUUAACAAAUUGCACUUAAAAUCGUUUUUAUUAAGGGUAGCACGUGUGGUCCCAGCAGAAGCCUUGUUGCCUGAGUUUCUCCUAGGGCCUCUGGCGGGAGUCCUGGUUGGGACAUCUGCCCUCCUGCUCUCACAUGUUCAUGAGGCUCCUCUGGCAUGCUGCCUGAAAUGAGGGCUGAAGGGAGAGCAGCCACCACUCCCCACAGGGUCAUUCACUCUGUCAUUGCUGAGCUCCUCCUGUGCACCUAGUGCUGUGGGAAGGCGCGGGGUGGCAGGGGGAAGUACCCUGUGAGGGUGUCCACUGGGUCAGACCUUGGCAGCUGGGGACUCCUGUUGGCAGCGUGGAAGUGGAUGUGAGCCCCUCAGGGUCAGGCCUCUGUCUGAGGUGCUUAUUUUGGCCCCCAAGCCUGUGCCUGGGCUCGGAUGUUGGGUCUUCUGCUUCCUGGGGCCCCUCCACCCCUCACCGCACCUGGUCCAAUUCUGUACUCCCUGGGUGAGUCAGGGCUUGCCUGCCCUUGCAUCCCCGCACCUAGCUGUGGUCUCAGUUCAAGAUGGCUGUUUCCUUCAGCCCUUCAUGUCUAAGGGGGCUGCUGAGCCCAGGGGACUACAUGGGGUUUUUCUGGCCCCAGUGCCUGCCUAGCAGGCUGUGCCCACGAAGAGGUUGUCUGCUCACUGUGAUGCUGGCUGUCGGCCUCCUACAGACAGAAAGGCCUGGGCUGCCCAGGUGCCAUGGCAGGGGAUGGUGGGGCUGAGAGGAGGCCACUUCCUGGCUCUGCCAUGUCCCCCAUCGCUGGAUUGAUCAGUCCCCAGAUAUAUACCAGGCACAGAGCUCUGUGCAGCCUGCCCCUCGAGGAGCUUUUGAUAGAUGUGAUAGCAGCUAGACCAAGGUCAUUUCUGGGAGGUGCGACUAGGAGGCCCUUCUCAGGGCCUGGCUGCAUGGGCAUCAUUCUCACCGCCCCCAGGCCUGUCUGCUAGAGGCUCCCUCAGUAGCCUGAGAAGGCUCAGUGAGGAUUGCAGCCCGGGGCAGGUGGGCGGGCAUAUGCUGUCCUUGUAGCUCUUUGUACCACCCCCCGGAAAGGGAUAAUGAUGGCACUAUAGAGGGCAAGGAUUUUCCGAGGGCUGACUUAGGGAGUGGUAUAAAGCUUUUUUGUUGGGACAAGAGUGCAGGAAAUCCUUGCUUUCUAGCUCACGCAUGGUUGCAUUCCAGCUCUAGAAUCUGCCCAGGCUGGCUCAUGGGUUCCCUGAAGUUUGAGGCAUCCAUCUGGUGUUCCUUUGGGAAGCUUCCUGAUGGUGAGGGAACCUGGGGGUGGGUUGCAGGGCAGCCAGUGUUCUGUACUCCUACUUCUGUUGAUUGCUUUCUCAUGACUGCCCAUCAUCAUACCACAGUGGCUGCUCAGAUAAUGGAUGAUUUUGGUAUGGGCCAGUGAGGAAGGGGAUAGGGCUAGGUUUGUGUCCCCCUCCCAUGUCUGCUUGCCAGAACUGCCUGGGUCCUCACCACCAGGACCUUAUCCUUCAGAAACUUCUGCUCCCUCCCCUCUCUGCUCCCCUUUGUCCUGGGUUCUAGGCAACAAGAGUCCCCACCCCUUCAGGACAUCUGUACACUGACCUUGGGACAGAUACCGGGCCAGCUGGGGAUGUGACUGUCUCCCUAUGUUGUGUGUACAGAACUUUUCCGUCUACAAGACAAGCUAAGUUAUGAUGAUCCAGUGACUAGUAUUUAAUGGUUAUCUACUAAAAUAUUCUAUAUUUAUAUGGUUUCAGAGGUUCUGUUACGUGGAGGGCACCUUCCCUCCAGUGUCCACAUCAAAUUCCACCCCAGAGUGUGGGGCAGAUAUGUGUAUUUAUUUUUGUUUGUUCUGUAGGCUUACAUGUCCAGAAUCCUGUGUACAGUUGUAGGAUGCCUUCAAACUUUUUGAAAUAAAAAUAUUUCCUACACAUUUGA